CAAAUGUCCCACGACUGCCAAAGCUGAUGGACACCGGACAGCACACCGUCAAACCUCAGCGCAGUAAACAAAACUAAUUCCGAGCACGGCCAACAAACACCAAAAUCCCCUCCCCGGCUACACGAUGGCGAAUCUGCGCGAUAUUACCGCGAAAAAAUACGCCCGCCCCACGAUCAACGUUGCGAUCCAUCCGAACCCGGGCACACCGCCGACGGGCGCGGGCCCAUCCGCCGACGGUACCGACUACAGGUCCAUCUUUUUCAACGAAAUCUCACAAAUCAUGCGCGGGUACGGCGAUUGCGAGAAGCCGCUCCGCGAGUCGGUCCUGCUGGUGGAGAAGAUAGUGCUGCAGCAGCUGCGCGGCAUCAUGCAGGAAGCGAUCGAUCACGCCAUGUCGCGCCCGAACUCACCGACCCUGUCCCGGCGCGACUUUGAGUACAUUAUGCGCAAAAAUCAGGUGCGCGUGGCGCGGCUUCAGAAGUACUUCCGCGACAUGGCGCUGAUGAAGAAGCGGCUGAAGGAUCUGUGCGGUGGCCGCUAUCCGCACCUGAACCUUGGCCCGAGCUCGGAAACUUCCGACGACGAUUCUGACCGCGAGGCGCCCGAAAAGUAUGACGAGGAAAAGGCACGCCGGCUGUUCCGGGCGGACCGGAUCUCGCAGAUCCUCACCGGGCGCCAGUACGAGGAGUACAUAGCGGCCCGCCGCACCUCCUUCAUGCACCGGAACACGGAGGUGAUGAAGAGCCGGAUGCGCCAGUGGUUAAACAUACCGGAGGAUGUGAACAUCACGCAGAGCUGCCUGCUCACGUUGGCGUACCUGGCGCACGAAACGAUCGCCGUGCUGGUGGACUUUUGCAUCCUGACGCGGCUCAACACGGCCAACCGGACGGUGGAUCCGUACAGCCGGGUUACCCCUUCCGGCAAAUCGUACAACAUGCUACACGCCUGCCCGGAAGUUUCGCAAGGCCGCGGGCUGGACGGCGUGAAGCCGAUCACGCCGCAGGAAAUUACCGAAGCGAUGCGACGACACCGCCAGAUGGCCAUGCGCAGCUCGGGUCGGUACCGAAAUGCGCUCAACUUCAAGCCACCCUACCUAGCGAUGUAAUAAUGGAAAGUGUCUCUCAUGCUUAAGCUUAAUGUUAAAUUAGCCUUAUAUUUGUAAUAAAAAAAAAAACAUUCUA